AUGGAGUAUUCAUUUAUUUCGCAGCAAACUUUUGAUGAUUUAAUCAAAAAAUAUAAUUUAGCACCGAAUAAAAGAGAAAAGGUUUUGAUAAAUCAAGAAAAAUUACAACAAAUAAAGGAAGUUCUUCUCAAUCUUACAACUACUAAAUUAUAUACUUCU